GGUUAUUGAUUUUUUUUUCUAUCGUUACGUUAAAUCUUUUAGAGAUCGUCUAUUGAAUAACAGUUGUGAUAAGUUUUGAAAAAAAAAAUGAUAGGAUAUCUCGCAACUUAUCGCCAAAUUUUGGCUGUGAUUCCGGUCAGCUUGACCGAAUUCAACAUGGGUAUCGGAUGCGGCUGGCUCGCUCCAGCUAUCAAAAAACUACUCGAAGACUCAUCCGGCGAAAUCACAGCCAACUCGGACCAAGCUUCAUGGAUCGCCUCCCUGUACGAUUUCGGCAAAAUGUUCGGCUCAAUCCUAACCAUGAUGAUACUAGACAUCAUCGGUCGCUCACCCAUGCUACGCAUCGGAUCAUUUCUCAUAUUCUUAACCUGGUUGAUCGUUAUUUUCACCAAAUCAGCUCCAGUUCUAGUAUUCGCCAGGUUCGGGUACGGAAUCGCGGUCGGAAUAUGCGACGUGGUCUGCGCCAUUUACUUGGGCGAAAACUGCACGCCUAAAAUACGCGGUAUUUCUUGCUGCGUCAGCGUUUUCUGCUUCUUUUUCGCUGUGUUGCUGGCUUUCGCACUGGGUACAUAUUUACCUUACUCGGUAACUUCGAUCGUCAGUGCAGCAAUUUCUUUCAUUUGCCUUCUCAGCAGCGUUUUGCUGGUGGAAUCUCCGCAAUUUCUAACCUUAAGAGGUAAAUUCGAUAAAGCUGAGAAAAAUCUAAUGUGGCUCAGAGGUACUACUAGCAAAAACAGUCAAGUCGAUAUCCGGCAAGAAUACGAAGCCAUUAAAUCGAACAUCGAAUUCGAGAAACAAAAAAAGAAAUCUUACUACGAAACGUUCGCAAAAUCUUCGACUAACCUUAAAAGCCUCGUGAUCGUUUUAGUCAUCAGUUUAUCCCAACCAGCGUGCGGAAGCGCUUCUAUAUUUUCCUACAUUUCGAUCAUGUUUCCCACCAGUGAAUUCGUCUCGUCGAACGAAUUCACCGUAUGGUUCGGUACAAUACAGCUCAUAUCAGCCACCGUAUGCGUCUUGGUAAUCGAAAAAUUCAAAAGGAGAUCUAUAGCUUUACUUUCCAACUUGGUUUUCCUCCUUUGCCACUCGGGGAUCGCUUUUUUCUACUACGCCAACGAAAACACGUCGGCCAAAUACGAUUCCUGGAUGAUGUUCAUCCUGAUAGGUAUUUAUUCGAUUUUCAACGUGGCUAUGGAUUCUGUAUUCUAUCUGGUAAGAAGCGAACUAUUUCCACAAAGUAUUAAACCUUUCGGUUGCGGGGUUUCUAUAAUUGCCGAAUCUAUUCUCGACUUCGCGACGGUUAAAGUAUUUUUAAUGGUAGCUGAAAAAUACGGCAUGUACGUGAAUUUCGUCAUAUACGCGAUAUUUUCAUUUCUCACGUUCUUAUUUUGCUAUUUCGCAUUACCGGAGACUAGAGGAAAAUCUCUCGUUUAUAUACAACGAGAAUUAGAUAAGAAAAUUUGAAACAACAACGCGGGUACCUGUUCGUUCUAAACACGACGGUGAUUUUUUGACAUUGACCAAGAGUGCACUCUCAAAUGAGCUGGUGCUAAAAAAUUAAAAGCUAUAAUACCUUAAUCAUCCACGGAUUAGCUGCGCCCAAUUUAUAGGAUAAGAAUACAUACGUAUAUCUAAUCAAGUAAUAAUCUGUAUAAGUAGGUGCUUUAAAUUAAUGACUGGAGCAGAAUGGUACGAUGGUAAAAAAAAAAACAGUUACCAUUUUAAUCAUAAUAAUGAAGCAGUCGUACCACUAUAACUUGUGUACCUAUGGUUGGUAAGUUGACUAAAUUUGUGAUAAUUAACGCUGUUUGAAUUGUCAUUUUUAUACUUUUAUAACUCAUGGUGAGUUUAAAAUGGAUAAACGUACUUAAUCCCUUUAUCAUCAAACUUUAGCAGUUGUAAAUACUCAGUAAGUUUCAAGACUAGUGUUUUCCGUAAUUAUCACAAUUACAUCGAAAUAAUAUGUACUUAGUACCUAUACAUGAUAUCUUAUUGAAAAUAUUAUGAAAUUGUAAAAAUAGGUAUGAAGUCGUGCUUGAGUGGAAAAAUUUGGGCAAUUUGAGCAGCCUAACUUUUAUAAUUUCAAUUUGAAAUGUACCUAGGUUCUUCAUCUACCUAUGUGUAUAAGAAUCAAGUUACCUGGAAUUUGAAAACCAGUUUUUGAAAGCUGAUAUUGGUAAACAGUAGGCUAUGAUUGGUCUUCUUAAUAUUGUAUAAUUCUCAAUAUAACCUUGAAAAAUGAAAAAUAAAUAUUUUUUUAGAAGUCACUUAUUGCAUUUUCAUCAGUUAGUGAAAUAUUUCGAAGACCACCAGCAUUUCUUUCGAGUCAUGAUUCCACCCUGUACUCGUACUUUUGGUUUUGAUAAGAUCGCAAUGGCCAAAAGUGAACAAUUUUUUUGAACUGAACAUGAAGAAACACCUUCAAGGGUUCCAAAAAAUUUUUCAAAACGUUUCCCAGCAAUCAAGGGGAACGGGAAGUAUUUCAACGGGUAGACAUAUAUUGCACUCGGCAAAAAAUAUAGUAAAAAGACUCCGAAAAUACACCAUGAGAUGCAUAAAAUUUUAGACGGUGGGUAAAUUUUGAAUUAUAGAGUUUUGGAAGAUUCAAUAUGCAAAAUGUAAUAAAGAUUUGAUAAAAUCGAGGCAGAAAAA